AUGUCCAAAAUCCUGUUAGCCUCAAUAGCAGCACACCAUGUAACUAAACUACAGAUGGUACUUUGUGCUGAUGCCAAAUACCCCCAAUCAGUCCCUAAAGAAGAUUCCUUUGCUGCCUUGAAUAAGGCAGAAGCUUGUAUGAUGGGCAAAACAGGACCAGAAAAUCCAGAUACCUUUCAAGCAGUCACUGGGGAGCCAAUCUUUGGCAGCACCUCUGAUGCAGCUGAAAGAAUUUGUUGGUUUCAAUCCAGUCGAAAUAACUGGAAGGUGUUGGCUGAAGCUGGUACCAUUGAAGAUGGUGAGACACAAAGGUGCCAUGAAAGUAACUGCUGCUUUGGAGUCUGGAACCAGUCAAAGAGUGGUGAAUUGUAUGCAAUGCUCCAAGGAUGCUGGUUUGAUUUUCGUCAGAAACUUGACUGUCCUUCUUCCAACUGUAUUCCAGGUGUAGAUGAAAGGUUUGGAAUACACUAUUCUUGUUACUGCAGUUCAGAUCUUUGUAACAGGAACUUCACUGUUUACCCAACCCUUGACCUGCCAAAUGAACAGUCAAGACAUGCUGAAGUCAUAACAGUAUUAGUUGUAAUGGUGCCUUUAGUGGUUGUGAUGGCUUCAUGCUGUAUAGCAAUAAAGAAGCGGUGCACCUCCAAAUGUUUAGGACAACAUGCUAUCUUAAAUCCUGACCUAGAGAUGAAGGAGAGGGUACCAAUGUUCCAAAAUAUGGGUGAAACAUCAGCACUUGACCAUAACCUUGACAGCCUUGAACUUAUUGAGGUAAUUGAGCGUGGCAUGUUUGGAGAGGUUUGGAAGGGGACACUUUAUGGAGUCAGUGUUGCAGUAAAGGCUGUACCUGCAUCUGGAAUAGAGCACUUCAUUAAUGAGAGGGACCUCUACAGUAUGGCAUUGAUGAAACAUGAUAACAUUGCUAAAUUCCAUGCAGCAGGUGAACGUCUAGAGAAUAACAGAAAAGAGAGCCUGCUGGUCCUCUCCUUUUAUCCAUAUGGAUCUCUAGCAAAGCACUUGGCUAAUCACACAAAUGACUGGGAAACCACGUUAAAUUUGUGCCUGACCCUUUCUAGAGGCUUGACCUUCCUACACACAGAGAUGUGGAAAGAUGGUCAGUACAAGCCAGCUAUAGCUCAUCGAGAUCUUGGCAGCCACAACAUUCUGGUAAAGACAGACAGGACUUGUGCAAUUGCUGACUUUGGCCUGGCAAUGACGCUAUCCAAAGAAACACAAUAUUCUGUGCUAAAAGUAGACUCUCUUACCAUUUGUAAGGUGGGCUGUUUGCGAUACCGCUCUCCAGAGCUUCUGGAUGAAUCUCUACAACUCAAGGAUGUAUCGACUGCUUUAAAGCAGGUAGAUGUAUAUGCACUAGGACUCAUCCUAUGGGAAAUCUUCAUGAGAUGUACUCCUCUCUUCAAAGGUAUCCACGUGCCAGCAUUUAAGCUACCUUUUGAAGAAGAACUUGGUAGGUGUCUGACCACUGACAAAAUUAGAUUUGCAGUAUGUGAAAAAAUGGUACGACCACAAAUCCCACAGAUCUGGAAAGAGAACACUAAGGAUUAUGAAAGCAUACUUGAAAUAUUAGAAGACUCAUGGGACCAAGAUCCUGAGGCCCGACUAAUGGCACCAAGCACAGAGUGGAGGUUUCAGAGACUUCUAGGAACAUGCCAGCUGUACGGGUCAACUUCUACAGCACAGCAGUAAAAACUUUAUUGAGAACAAUAAGCACAGUAAAUAUGAAUAUAAGGAGUUUACUUUUCAGGGAUAAAGGAUUGCUAUUGCCUUCUUCCGUACUACAAAAGUUACAUAUCUCUUAUAAUGCAUCUAGCUCAACAAACUCAGGACUAUACAGUAAAUGUUGUCAAUCUCACAGCUGUAAUUUUUUUUUCAUUUUCUGUUAUAUUCAGACUCAAACAAGGUUAUGUUUAGAUUUUCCAUUAUAUUGUCAACAUUAGAUGUUCUUUGUGUUUCACUGUUGCAGUCAUCACACUUGGGU